CUUGCUUUAAAUCAUCUAUAAGGCUUGAACUAUGCAUUAAUGUGAAUAGUGAAAGCUUCAACCAUCGUUCACAUGAAUCUCCCAUCUGAUUCCUUCUAGGCCUGUGCUGCAGAUAUGGACAAAUUAAGGGUACGAAAUUCCUGGGUACCAACGUGUCUCUGGCAACCUAAAAUUCUCCAAGGCAGUCACACCAAAUCCUCUCCUAGCCUCUGGGACAGCAGCUUGCAAGACCAGAAGGAAGAAUUGCAGAAGCGCUUAUCGUACACAAGCCACAAACUCGAGAUGAUUGAAACAGAAUUUGACUCUACCCGGCAGUAUUUGGAAACAGAACUCCGAAGAGCUCAGGAAGAACUGGAGAAAGUCACAGAUAAAUUGAAAAGAAUACAAACGAAUUACCUGUCGUUGCAACGAAUAAAUCAGGAACUUGAAGAGAAGUUGCAUAGAAUGGGUCAACACUACGAAGAGGAAAAGAGGGCGUUGGGUCAUGAAGUGAUUGCGCUCAAUAACCAUCUACUGGAAGCCAAGGUGACAAUUGAUAAAUUAUCCGAAGACAAUGAACUGUAUAGAAAAGACUGUAAUUUGGCCUCCCAGCUUCUCCAAUGCAGCAAGAGCUACUACAGAGCACAUAAGUUAUCAGAGCUGCCAACUGACUUCCAGGAAAGAGUAAGUCAACAUUUGGAAAAGCAUGGAUGUACCCUGUCUGUCCCUCUUUGUAACAAGUCAUAUGCUGAUAGCAUUCCUACUUGUGUUAUUGCUAAGGUGUUGGAAAAACCUGACCCCGGGAGCCUUUCAUCCCAUCUAUCAAGUGCAUCUAUGAGGGAUCUGAAUUAUGAACAUGGCAGUCAAGAACAUGAUGAUAAACUUCGUCAACGUCAGCAGUUCAAGUCAGAUAUUUACUGUAGCGACACAGCUCUAUAUUGUCCUGAAGAAAGGAGAAGAGACAGGCGCCAAAGUUUUGAUGUCCAAGUAAAAGACGAAGUAUUUCUAAGAUCUCAAAACUCUACGGACAGCACUGUAGAAGAUGGUUUCCAUUCAAGCUUCUCACAUGAAGCCUUCAAUGAGUAUGUAGCAUCCUUGCCAACAUCCAGUUCAUAUUCAAGCUUCAGUGCUACUUCAGAAGAAAAAGAAAAUAACCAGACAAACACCUUAACUGCCUCACAGCAGGCUAUUUAUAUGGGAAACAGGGAAGACAUUUUUGAAAGAAAGUCCACUACAGGUUAUGAGAAUACAGCAAGUCCAAGGUUUGUGAAAUCAAAGUCUGUCCAGCACAUGGAACGUAGUCCAGAGGAUACAGUGUCCCCUAACUUCACAAGAUCAUCUUCCUAUGUAGAAGAACCAUUCCAUUUCUCCAGAAUUCAUACACAGCAGGCAUUAAGUGCUCAUAAAUCACAUAGUGAGUGUAGGAGCUCCCACCUCUCAGAAGAAGACCUUCCAACACGCUGGAGACAACUGAGUGUGGAAGAUAUUGGUGCAUACUCAUACAGUAAUGCAGGAAGAAUAUCUCCUUGCAGCUUUACUGAACAGUACUUUGCCCCUAGUCCUGUUAAGCAACUUGAAAGCAGAAUGAGCCCUUUGUAUGCCAGUUACAAGCAGGAUAGUUUUUCAGAGGGGGAGGAGGUUUGUCAAAGUAGAAUGGGUGACUCAUGCUUCCUCAGAACAGACUCUGGCUUAAAAAUUGACAUCAGUGCAAGCUGCAAACAAGAAAUGUUGUCCAAUUUCAAAUCAUCAAAAGAAUCAAGAGACCAAAAAAAUGAAAGAAUGACAGUACAGAUGGGAAAUAAAAACGUAGACUCUAAUGCAGGGGCUAAAAGGGAGUAUGUUGAUGUCAGUCCAAACAGUUCUGCAGAAUCUCUCAGUCAAAGCCCCAUGGAGGCUUCAGACAUACAACAGUCUUCCAUUGAUCAAGGACACCCUAGUUUCCAUAACAAACCCCAGCAAUUUCAAAGAACUGGAAGUAUUGGUUUAACUAGAAAAGAUAGUCUUACAAAAGCACAGCUUUAUGGGACCCUUUUAAAUUAA